AUGCACCGCCGACAUGCACAUGGAAGUGGACAAACCAGGCCAUACGAUUUGGGCCAACAGGGAGGCCUCUACGGAGACCUGUACCCGGCCAACGCCGUUGCUAGCAAUACGUAUGCGCAGGCACCGUACUAUCCGGGUUGGGAAGCUUUGCGACAGCAGCAGAUACAACAAAGCUUCUGGCCCUUGAAUCACGGGUAUGGACAGCUUACAUCACAAAGCCACGUCGAUGGAUAUGGACCUGUAGGCGUGUACCAACAAGAAGAAGCCAGUCCAUCACUGCCUGUCCACCAGCUCCCAGCCAACGUUCAGGCGCACUCUAUGGACUCCGAGCCCCAGCCUGCGGCGUCUCACAUGCGAGGCUCAUCCGCUUAUCCCUCCCCGUUCUCAUCGGCUACUACCCGAAGUCCGGUCAUCUCCCUGGAGUCCGAGAACUCGAGAAUGAUGCAUCCACCAGAUUUGCCCCGCGCUAGCAACCCAGAAAGCGUUGGUAAUCAGUCGGCGACAUCAGCUAGGCCACACGAACACCGCUUGACCCUUCCGCGGCCAGGAAACCAUCGUGCUGUCGUGAUCGGCGUUGACUACUUCAACCAAAAGGGUCAACUCGAGGGUCGCUCUAGAAGAGCGGAGAUCGUGUACCACUUUCUGCAGACUGAAUGUGGCUACGAAAUCGGAGAGAUUUGGCGUUUGACGGAGGAUCUGCAGAGCUCCGCGGCUCAGCCCACUCGGAAGAACAUCAUGUCUGCGCUCGCCUGGCUAACUGAGAACGUCAAUGAAGGGGACAGAAGGCUUUUGUUCUACACUGGUCACGGGCGCACCUCCGGAGAGGAGAUGCAGAGAAUGAUAGAAGCCGCCACCUCGCAGAGUACACAGCAAAGGAGGACACGGAAAGCUCGCCAAAACAGUAUUGAUGAGGAAGCUCAGAGUCCAGUUGAGACCAUAUUCCCAGUUGACUUCAGAGAACCCAAAAGUGGGUCCAUUGAUCCGGAGCGGUUGGAUGAGAUCCUGCAGCCCGCCAAAGACAAAGGUGCGAAGAUCACGCUGUGGAUGGAGCCGGUUGCUGGACUUAGGAGCAGGAAGCGGAGACGAAAGGGGAAGAGCACAGAAGAUGAAGAAUGA